GGUCAGGAACAACACAAUGCCCACCGUCUUCACCGAGGCCGUCCUCUUAUGCUUCAAAGUUGCAAUACGCCCCAACCGAAGACGACGGAAGUGCCUUCACUACUAUCGAGCAAACAACAUUUGUGAGGUUUAAUUCCAUCAUCAAGACUAUCACACAUGAGGUCACUAUUAUCGCGGAUAAUGAGUUUGAUAUUGAGUUGGAAAAUGUGCCGCAGAGGGGGGACAGGGGGUGGCUGGUGGUCAUGGUGAUUUGUGGUCCCAGGGGGACUGAUUUGGUAUGGUGGGACAGGGGUAGAUAG